AUGAUCAUCAGGAGCCUCCUGUGGGCCGGUAGCCUGCUACUGGCCAGUGCCGUUCUAGGCGUGCUCGCGAAAUCCGACGGACCUGAGAUCAAGGUCAAGGAGCUUGAUAAUUUGCCGACCAACGUCUACUAUUUCGAGGACACGGAUACGAUACUGUUCCAAGAAGGGAAAGCGAAUAUCCACAUAUCGACCGAUGCAGCAGCGUCAUGGGAGCUUAUAAAAGAUAAGACGGGGCUGUUAUGGCCGAAUAAGUUUCAUACGCAGAGUGCUUUGGUCGUGGGAAGCGAGCGCAAGCACUGGGUGACGUUCGAUGCGGCAAAGACAUGGCGCGAAUUCAAGAUUCCGGAAAAAUUGCUAUACAACGGAUUGCAGGGACUGUAUCCGUUUACUUUUCACGGAAAGGACCCAAACAAGGUCAUUGCCAACGCCGAAGAGUGCUUGCUCCCCGGUAUAUGCCGGCGAGUAUCCUACUAUACCACCGAUGGGUUCAAGACCACUAAGAAAUUAUUCGAGGGUGAUCAAGGCUGUUACUGGGCAGUAGGCAACCCUGUCUUCGGCGAAGGCAUGGAUCUGCCAAAGGAAAUCGACGACCGAAUCUUCUGUAUCUGGCCUAAAGAUACGAACUCCUUCGCAAAUCCGCGCCUCGUCUACUCAGACAACUUCUUUAGCGACAAUAAGGCCACCGAGGUAGAAUUUAAUGGUCGUGCGUUCAGAGGUGCCAACAAGAUUAUUUCCGUCAAGAAAUUCCUUGUUAUAGGUUCUACGUCAGAGCGAAGCAGCGAAGCGGCUCUAUACGUCAGCAAGGAUGCCACGCAUUGGGACCGCGCGGAAUUUUACGGCGGCCCAAAGGUUCGGGAUGGACUUUUUACAUUUCUCGGAUCUACGAACUACAGUCUUCAGGUCAACGUCGCUUCCCGUACGUCCAGACUUCCAAUUGGGAGCUUGUUUACCUCGGACUCUAAUGGAACUUCCUUCACCAUGAACGUCGACUCGGUCAAUGAGGACAAGCAUAUGUAUACCGAUUUUGAACAGGUGUCUGGAAUCCAAGGCAUCUUCUUGAUUAACAAGGUUGACAACGCUGAGGAUGCCCGGUCAGGCGCUGCUUCGGAGAAAAAGCUUGUCAGCCGCAUCUCGUUCGAUGAUGGCAGGACCUUCAAGCCUUUGAAAUACAAGGACAAGGAAAUCCAUCUUCAUUCUAUUACCAAACCGUCAAAUUCGGGGCUUACCUUCUCAAGUCCGGCCCCUGGCCUGAUCAUGGGAGUUGGUAAUUCGGGAGAUAGCCUUAAGCCUUACGAAGAAGGCAACCUCUACGUUUCUGACGAUGCUGGAAUUUCAUGGCGCAAGGCCCUUGACAAGGCGCACAAGUACGAAUUCGGAGAUCAAGGGUCUCUUCUCGUGGCCAUUUUCGACGAAGAAAAAGGCAACAAGAAGCCAUUCACCGAUGAAAUUUCUUAUUCCCUAAACCACGGCAAAGAUUGGAAAAAGGCCAAACUACCUCAUAAGGUAUCUGCGCUACAGCUUACUACCACCCCAGACUCUACCUCCCUACAGUUCUUACUCGUCGGGCAAGGCGAGAAGGAGAAUUAUUACAUCAUGUCCAUUGACUUUAGCGGACUUCACGAGAGAAAGUGUGGGAAGAAUGAUUUUGAGCGUUGGACUGCUAGGUUGGAUGAAAAGGGUGAACCGGACUGUCUUAUGGGCCACAAGCAGUUCUAUAGGCGCCGAAAGGCCGAUGCCGAUUGUUUCGUCAAGGAAAAAUUCAAAGAGCCCCUCCCAGAAACCGAGCCUUGCAAGUGCACAGAGGAAGAUUUUGAGUGUGCUCCUGGUUUCAAACGUGGCGACGGUUAUAAGUGUGAACUGAAAUUGAAGUUGACCCCGCCUGAAGGAAAGUGUAAGAAUCCUGAGGAUAAAUACAUGGGCCCCUCUGGAUACCGAAUGAUUCCUGGAAAUGACUGCAUCAAAAAGGGAGGAGCUGAUCUUGAGAAGGAAGUUGAACAUGUCUGCAAGGAGACCACCAAAGCUCCUGCAAGUGGCGAUAUCACCGUCGAGAUCAGCCCUUUCAAACACACGAAUUAUCAAUAUCGCUACCUGGAACGCAGUGACAGCAGUUCUGGUGACGAUGAGACCGUCAUCCUGAAAACGGACAAUGGGGAUAUCUACGUCACCAAGGAUCACGGUAAAACUUGGGAGCAGAGCAAGCUCGGCGAAACCAUCGAAAGAGUUAUUCCUCAUACAUAUGACGACGACGUUGUGUAUCUUCUCACCGCGAAGGAAAAGGCCUUUUGGAGUGUAGACCGAGGGCAUACUUUCAAAUCAUUCGAAGCCAAACUUCCUCCUUCUCGAACAAGGGGCGUGCACCCCCUCAGUUUCCACCCCAGCCAUCCCGACUGGCUGAUUUGGACUGGUGGAGAUAAAUGUGACAGCGGAAAGUGCAAUGACGUUGCAUAUUAUUCUAAAAAACGUGGAGACAAAUGGGAUCUACUAUUGCGCGGCGUGAUGCGAUGCAAGUUUAUCGGCAAACAGGGCAAACUUACGAAAGACGAACUUGUAUUCUGCUCGCAGCACGAGGGCGAAAACCGAGAGAAAGGCCUUCAGCUUGUCUCCAGUGAGGAUAUGUUCGAAAAGAACACUAUCACCCAUUUCAACGGUAACCACAUCGCAGAUUUCGCGAAGAUGGCCGAGUUCAUCGUUGUUGCUACCAAAAAUGGAUCCGAACUGCAGUCAUACACAAGUGUAGACGGCGAAACAUUUGCACACGCUGCAUUCCCGCCAAAUUUCCACGUCGACGCCCAGAAAGCGUAUACUGUUUUAGAUAGCUCGACACACUCGGUCUUCCUACACGUUACGGAGAAUAAUACCCCUGGACAUGAGUUUGGCAGUCUCCUGAAGAGCAACAGCAACGGCACAUCUUAUGUCCUCAGUCUUAGCGGCGCUAAUAGGAACAAGAACGUCUAUGUUGACUUCGAAAAAAUGCAUGGCAUUGAAGGAGUUGCCCUGACAAAUAUAGUUGCUAACACUCCAGAGGUCAAUAAAGGCGCAGCAAAGAUACUGAGAACAGUGAUAACUCAUAACGACGGCGCUGAAUGGGCACUCCUACCUCCUCCUAAGAAGGACGCCGAGGGACAUGCCUUCAAGUGCACAGUUAAGGAUAAAGGAACAGAAGACUGUGCCUUGCACCUCCAUGGCUACACCGAACGACGUGAUCCCCGGGAUUCUCUUUCUUCCGGCUCAGCCAUUGGACUUAUGAUGGGCAUCGGCAACGUCGGCAGCUCUUUGUCACCCAGGAAUGAUGCCGAUACGUUCAUGUCUCGUGAUGCGGGUAUCACCUGGCACUCCGUCAGAAAGGGGCGUUAUCAAUGGGAAUACGGAGACCAGGGGUCAAUCAUCGUGAUCGUCGCCGAGGACAAGCCAACCAAAAUUAUCUCAUACACGCUUGACGAGGGCAAGACCUGGAAAGAUUUCGAGUUCAGCAAAGAUGAGUCAAAGAUCGAAGAUAUCUCUACCGUUCCAUCGGAUACGUCACGGAAUUUCAUGCUGUGGGGUAGGAAAGACUCUAAGUCUCACUUCGUUACUAUCAACAUUGAUUUCACUGGCCUUAAGGAGAGGCAGAAACAAUGCGUGUUGAGAAAAGAAGCCCCCGAGGCAGACGACUAUUUCCUUUGGUCCCCCAAGCACCCGCUGCAGAAAGACAACUGUUUAUUCGGCCAUGUUUCCCUGUACCACCGCAAAAAGCCUGAGGCUAAGUGCUUCAAUGGUCCAAGGCUUGAUAGAUUAAGCAGCGAGAAGAAGAAUUGCGAGUGUACCCGCCGAGACUACGAAUGUGACUACAACUACCAGCGACAGAACGACGGAACCUGCGCCUUGGUACCCGGCUUGGAACCGGCUAACCCUAUGCAGAUCUGCAAGGAUGACCCAGAAGCUGUAGAAUACUUCGAUCCCACUGGUUAUCGACGACUCCCGAUGACCACAUGUGAAGGCGGCCUCCAACUCAACCACAUCGUCGCCCGUCCUUGCCCCAACAAAGAAAAGGAAUUCGAAAAGAAACAUCCUGGUAUCAGCGGAUUUGGCUUAUUUUUAGCCAUCUUCUUCCCUUUCGCUGCCGCCGCCGCAGUGGGAUACUAUGCUUUCUCAAAGUGGGAUGGCAAGUUUGGUCGCAUCCGUCUCGGCGAACCAGGCCCGGAGAGCAUCUUCGCUGGAAACUCUCCCCUCAUCUCUAUCCCUGUAACUAUCGUGGCUGGAACUGUUGCGGUUUUCACAGCGUUGCCUCUCUUGUUUUCUAGCCUCUGGCGAAGCUUUAGAGGGUACGCGCGAGUACCUAGACGAGGUGGGCAGAGGCCAUACUCGUCGAGAGGUGCCUUUGCAGCCCGUCGAGGCGACUAUGUUGGUGUUGUUGACGAUGAGGAUGAGCUUCUAGGAGCUGAAGAGUUCGAGGGUGAUGAAGAAGAGGAAGCGUGA